AGGUACAAAACAGACUCAACGAGCUAAGAAGAAGAGAAGCAGAAGCUCUGAGAAGAGAUGGCCGGAGUAGCCCAACCACCGAAGAGAGGAUUACCACCGCCUCCUCGCCCUCGAUUUGGCCCUGUCGAUCGCGAAAAGACUUGCCCCUUAUUGCUUCGAGUUUUCACUAAGGCUGGAAGCCAUCAUGUCAAUGAUGAUUUUGCAGUGAGAGGCAAGGAGCCGAAGGAUGAGGUUCAAAUUUAUACAUGGAAGGAUGCUUCACUUCGUGAGUUAACUGAUCUGGUCAAAGAGGUUGCCCCCGCAGCAAGACGGAGGAAUGCAAAACUGUCCUUUGCUUUUGUAUAUCCAGAUAAACGUGGCCGUUUCGUAGUCAGAGAGGUGGGGCAAACCUUUUCUUUUGGAAAUGGAAGACUCGAUGAUGGCAAGACUUUGGCUGAGCUUGGCUUUGAGAUCGGAGACUACUUGGACGUGGCAAUUAUGUAGACAAUCUCUUUGCCAUCGUCUGGUUCUAUGGUUUAGCAGAUUGGAAAUCCUUGGGAGUUUAAGGAAUAUAUGUAUGCUAAACCACGGAGAAGGGGUGUUUAGAUUUCUACUUUGUUUCAACUAGUUGGGUGUACAUUGUACUUUGCUUUUUUGUUUCUUAGGGUUAGAGUAUAAGCUAAUGUUCUUGGAUUUCCCCAGUGUCUGUGUGAGUCUUGUAACCACAAGUUAUUUAAAUUUAAUAAAAAUAAAUUUUUUAAAUAAA